AUGGGGGCCCCCGGUGAUGGUUUCCCGCUCAGGGACCCGCCGUUCAAGGACAGCGAGUACGAUGACGCCGACGACAAGUACGCGCGCCGGCGGAGCGCCGACGAAGAGGCCGGGUUCCUCACAGACGAGGAGCAGUACGAGCUCGAGGAGAGCACCUCCAGCCGGCCGUCGCUCUCGCAGCAAAAGUUCCCGCACACCCCGAAGCGCCACUGCAUCCACGGCCCGCAGCCGCCGCGGGUGCACACCAUCCGCCCCGUCCUGCCGGCCGUCCAGGAGGCGCCACCGCGGCUUCUCGACCUCAUCGCGCCCACGGCCCGCCGCAAGGGCGCCCUCGUCGCCGUCUUCCUCGCCCUGUGGGCCGUCGCCUUCUCCGUGCCGCUGGCCUCGUCCCACGCCCUCACCGACGACGGCGCCAACGGCCGCCAGGUCGUCAGCCUCGACUGCGGCGACACGCUGUGGCGCUUCAAGAACGGCUGCGGCCUCGACGGCGCCGACUGCCGCCCCUUCGCCAACGCGAGCCUCUCCUUCCGCUGCCCGGCCAACUGCAUGGCCCACAAGCUGCUGAACCCCCACGCCGUCGGCCCGCGCGAGAUCGUCUACAAGCCGCUCGUCGUCGGCGACGGUGUCUACCGCGGCGACUCCAUGAUCUGCGCCGCCGCCAUCCACGCCGGCGUCGCGACCGACCUCAGCGGCGGCUGCGGCCGCCUCCGCCGCCUCGGCCGCCACGAGGUCUUCAACGCCUCGGCCCGGAACGGCGUCGAGACCGUCCCCCUUCGACUCGUACUUCCCGGGGUAGGUCAACUCGCAGGUAAAGAGAUACCAGGACUUCGUCGCUCCCCGCUGUCCUUCGAGCUGUCCGCCGCCGACCCGUCGGAGCUGCGCUGCGGCCGGCGGGACCCGCGCGAGGUCCUCCUGCCGACCUCGGUCUUCUUCUCCGCCGUCUUCUCGCUCUUCACGACGUCCCCGGCCUGGCAGUUUUUCGUCUCCUUCGUCGGCAUCUUCGCCCACGUCAGCUUCGCCUCCGACCCGCCCACCACCUCGCGCCACCCGGCCUCCGUCCUGCCGGACCGCAUCUCGCUGUUCGCCGGCCGCCUGAUGCCCGCCGCCUUCUGCGCCGUCGUGCUCUACCGCAUCUGCGUCCGGCGCACCCUCACCAACCUGCGGGCCCAGUUCGAGAAGACGGCGCUGUGGCUCGGCGGCUUCUGGUUCGGCGCGCUGUCCAACUACACGUUCGGCUGGAUGCCGAUCCAGCGCCUCACGGCCCACGACAUCGAGCAGCAGCCCGGCGCCAAGCCGGCGCUGGCCCUCAUCCUCAUCGUCCUCGCCUUCGUCAUGGCCAAGCAGGUCUACUUCUUCUGGCUCGAGGGCCGCCUGCCCCGCUUCCUGGCCCUCUACGCCCUCUUCCUUGCCGGCAUCAUCGUCGGCGUCUCGAUCCCCGGCCUCGACCUGCGCGUGCACCACUACAUCAUGGCCUUCCUCCUGCUCCCCGGCACCAGCAUGCAGACGCGCACCUCGCUCUUCUACCAGGGCAUGCUGCUCGGCCUCUUCGUCAACGGCAUCGCCCGCUGGGGCUUCGACUCGGUCCUGCAGACCCCCGACGAGCUGCGCGAGGACGGCGCCUUCGGCUCCCUCCUCCCCCGCCUCGCCGAGCCCGUCAUCUCCUCGGGCUCCUUCGAGCGCAGCAUCAGCUUCAGCUGGCUGCUGCCGUCCGACGCCGACCUCGUCGCCGCCGGCUACGACGGCGUCAGCGCCCUGGUCAACGACGUCGAGCGCUUCCGGUACUACUUUGCCGACGGCCCGGACGACAACCUGUUCGUGUGGAUGCGCAAGGCCAAGAUGGCCCUGCCCGAGUAUUUCAGAUUUGCUUACAUGAAGGACGGCGUUACACUAGACUAUACAAAGGCCGGCACGUGGUUCGCCAACGGAACGUGGGCGAUGCCGCCGCAAUAG